AUUUCAGUUUGUAAACAUUUGGGAGGAGACAACAGCGACGAGAGAAAAUAUGGAUCUAGUGAAGGUGCACGGAGCCGGUGGCUACGACUCGGACUUCAGUGACGAUGACGCGCAGGGGGAGACGUCAGACCGAGGCCUUAAGAGGAAAAGGGAAGAGGAAAUCCUACAGAAGCCGUUCCAGAAAGCUCGUCGCUCCAAGGUGGCUCUACGGAGUUUACACACGAAUGAGGUGGACAGAGAGGAGGCCAGGAACAGAAGAGCCCACCUGAUAUCAAUGAAUGCUUUUGAGCGACAUAAGAAGUUUGUUGGUGACUACAUACUUUAUUAUGGAGGAAAGAUGGCUGACCUCAAACGUGAUGUAGCUAAAGACAAAACAGAUCUGGAUGUGCUGCGUGAGAAUCAUCGGUUCCUCUGGAGGGACGAGGACGAGGACGACUUGACAUGGGAGCAAGAACUCGCCAAGAAGUAUUAUGACAAGCUGUUUAAAGAGUACUGCAUAGCGGAUCUCAGCAGAUACAAGGAAAAUAAGUUUGGAUUUCGUUGGCGGACUGAGAGUGAAGUUGUCUCUGGCAAAGGUCAGUUCCAGUGUGGAAACAAACGCUGUGAGAAGGAGGAAGGCCUGAAAAGCUGGGAGGUGAAUUUUGCUUAUGUGGAACACAGCGAGAAGAGGAACGCAUUGGUCAAACUCAGACUCUGCCCCGAGUGCUCUUUCAAACUCAACUACCAUCACAAGAGAAAAGAAGUGAAAGCAAAGACAAAGACGGAGCGUGUAUCAGAGGAGAACCAGGAGCCGCCGCUGAAGAAGAGUAGGAAGAGGAAGAGAACGUCUUCUCAUUCCAAGAAGCACAAAAACAAGAGGCGCAGAGAUCGAUCUGCCUCUUCCAGUAGCUCAGAGGAGUCAAAGAACUCGGACAAAGACUCUGAAGCUGAGGACGGGGACCAAUCGGACGCUGUCCACUGGCAAGGACCCGCCCCUGCCGUGGAGGAAAAGUCAAGGGAGGAGGAGUUUGACGAGUACUUUGAAGACAUGUUUCUUUGACUUCGGCCGCCCUGCUGUGACUACACUUCCUCCUGCACCCCCGCUCUGUUCCCCCGUGUCUGCAAGUAGCUUUAUUUGGCUCCAUGUUUCGAUACUGCCACAGAAAUAAACACAAUGUUUACACUGUA